CCUGCCAGCUUUGGGCGUCGAGCCUCGCCUCACGAGGCUCACCUAUCUGGACCUCUCCUUCAACGCCUUCAACGGCAGUGUUUCCCAACAGCACUUCCCGCUUCCAGCAGCAGCGGCAGGUGCAUGCAAAACGGUGCCGCACGGUGCAGAGGUUCGGCUGAGCCACAAUGCGCUGACUGGGAACAUCUCUGGGUCUGUCUUCUCCCCCUGCCUCGCCCUGCUCGACCUCUCCCACAACCACCUCUCCGGCGCCAUCCCACCCCCACCCCAGCAGAGCGACCAGAGCCCGUCCCUUCUCCCUCUCUCCCACCUGGACCUCUCCUCCAAUAAACUCACCGGAAGCAUCUCCACUGCUCUGGUUGCCAGCUUUCCAGCCCUAAACCGCCUGGACGUCUCCAACAACCUUCUCUCGGGCUCGCUGCCCCCCUCUCUUGCACUCGCCCCCGCGCUCACCCACCUGGACCUCUCUCGCAACAAGCUCAAGGGCUCCCUGCCUGCCUUGUGCCAGGGCCAGCAGCGCCUCGCCACUCUGCUCCUCUCCUCCAACGCCUUCUCGGGCUCCGUUUCCUCCCUCCUCUCCUCAUGUGCCCCCUGCACCUCCUCCCUCCUCUCCCUCAACAUCUCCAGCAACCAGCUCUCCGGCCCCCUCCCCGCGUCCCUCUCGCGCUUCACGGCACUGCAGUCGUUGGUAGCGGCGCGCAACCGCAUGAUUGGCAGCAUCCCUGCAGGCGUUGCAUCGCUGAAGGCCCUGCAAGCCCUGGACCUGUCGUGGAACGGGCUGUCAGGAGCCAUCCCUGCGCUGCUGCGGGCGGCAGCCCCCUCCUUGCACGUGCAGCUGGCUGGCAACGCCCUCUCUGGCUCUGUCCCCAAGCCCCUCUCCGACCUGCCCCUCUCCUGCUUCCGCCCCGGCAACCCCAAGCUCUGCGGGACACCCCUGCCUGCCUGCAAGACGUCCAAGCCCAGGAAGGGCGGGUGGUAGGGCCCGAAUGGUGGCCGUAUUUACUGGUUCUGAUUGGAAAUUGAUUGGACGUCCACCGGUACCAUGAGAUGACAAGUUCUCUAUUGCAUGUGCUGCAGCCUGUUUUUGUCUCAAGGCGUUCAUUUGUUCAUUCUAUCUAUUACCGCUUCCACAAAAACACCGCUCCUUGCCUGCAAGAAGUGCUUAAGUAUAUAUUUUGUGCUAUUAUUAUAGAGGGGACUACCCCCCUUCUUGUAUCUC